AUGUCAGGCUCGCCUCAAGAGUCCGGCCAGACGAGCUCCGGCUCCAGCAACACACCGCCGAAUCCUUUCGAGAAUCCAGCACAGGAACAGCCCAAGCUUCGAACUCCGCCAUUGCUUCACCCUUCGUCGGCAACACCGCAGGCUCGAAAAGAGAAGAAGGAGAAGAAGAAGGUUGGCUUCCAUGCCGACAGCCCUCAGCCUAGCCAGACACCCCUGGUAGACAAUCGGCCACCAAGCAUCGUGAUUGACGAUGACUACUUCGCGCAGUCAAUGUCCCCCGAAGUUAACCCCUUUGAUACACCUGGACGCAUUGCUACUCCAAGACGAGACAACGACGCAACCCCAGCGGGAGCUCCAGAUGCCGGUGAGCUACGUCGUGCUUUAACUCAGGUCUUGAUUUCGGAGAACCAGGAGAACAAUCCUUCCGAGACACCUGCCCGGCCCCGGCCCGUGCUCCGCCGUAACACCAGCUACGAUGCACCCGAGGAAAGACAGAAAGCCGACCUCGCUGAGCAAACUGCCGGCGAGCGGCAGCAGCGUUCGGGUUUGGAGGCCCGCCAGCGUGCCAAUCGCUUGGCUGUAAGUGUCGAGAACUACUCCUCACCCCCUUCUCGUCGCAACUCCAUCGACGGAUACAACCCAUUUAGCGAUGAUGAGGAAACCGACCAGGUCACCGGCUUGAGCUCGGCGGUUGAUGGGUCGGAUGAGCGACGAAAGGUCCGGUCCCGUCCCAGAAAGAACUCACACUUGGAUGCCGAGAAUCUCGUCCGAUCUCACACCAGACGAGCCAAGAAGGGUGGCCGAGGACCGAAUGACUACUUCAAGUACGAGGCGCCUGCAGGUGCCCGAUCUGGCACCGCCACGCCCACUUUGGAGCAGUCUUACGCUCACGACUAUGUUCCGCCCCCGAAGCAGUAUCACGGAGGCAUUCUAUCAUCGCUCCUCAAGCUCUACAACGAGAAUGGCAGCGGCGGUAGCAGUGGUCGAAACACGCCGGGUUCCAACACACCAGCUACAGCUACGCCCAAUCACUCGCCUCCGGGCUCUAUGCCAGCCUCCGCUGCGCCCUCAACCCCUGGAUCACCUCGGCCUUCUCGCCCCAACAGUGGCUUGUUCAACUACCACAAGAAGCAAGGCUCUCGUUCCUCCAUGGCUCUAGCUGAGCUUAUGAAGUCGUCGUCCGCCAUGGCAGGGCCGGCUUCGAGUGUGUUUAGCCAGGGCUUCACCGAGAAGCUCAAGACCGAGCCCCCAUCACGGCCGAAGAGGAAGAAGUCUGGAGUCUGGGGCGGAUCUUCACCAAAGUCAUCAAAGUCUGAAGACAAGCACCGCAUUACUAAGCACAUUGCUCAGAUCUUGUCGAGGCAUAAGUAUCUCGUCAAGCUGUGCAGGGCGCUGAUGAUGUACGGAGCUCCAACCCACAGACUGGAGGAGUACAUGAAGAUGUCGGCACGAGUCCUGGAGAUCGAGGGUCAGUUCCUCUACAUUCCCGGCUGUAUGAUUAUCAGUUUCGACGACAGCGCGACCCACACCACCGAGGUCAAGAUCGUCCGCUCGGCACACGGUGUCGAUCUGGGCAAGCUGCGCGACGUGCAUGACAUCUAUAAGCAGGUUGUCCACGAUUUGAUCAGCGCCGAUGAGGCUACCAUCAUGUUGGAGAGCAUUACAGCUCGCAAGCUCAAGUUCGGCAAUUGGAUGCGCGUGCCCGUCUAUGGCCUCGCCAGUGUGUGUGUCGCCCCCUUCGCCUUUCAGGGACGCUUCAUCGACUUGCCCAUCGCUUUCAUUCUUGGUUGCAUCCUGGGCUGGAUGCAAUUGAUCCUUGCCCCGAGCAACGAGCUGUAUGCGAACGUCUUUGAAAUCACCGCCUCCAUCGUCACCUCCUUCUUGGCCCGCGCCUUCGGCUCCAUCAACAACGGCGAAUUAUUUUGCUUCUCCGCACUGGCGCAGAGCUCCAUUGCCCUCAUUCUUCCAGGUUACAUGGUCCUCUGUAGCAGUUUGGAGUUGCAAAGCCACAACUUGGUCGCCGGCAGUGUUCGCAUGGUUUAUGCAAUGAUCUACACGCUCUUCCUCGGAUACGGAACUACGAUUGGCACUGCGCUCUACGGCAUGAUCGACCGCCACGCAGAGUCGAGAACGACCUGCACCAACCCGCUUAAUAAGAAUUGGUACCUGUUGUUUGUGCCGGGCUUCACCCUCUGCCUCUGUAUUAUCAAUCAGGCCAAGUGGAAGCAGACGCCUGUCAUGAUCACCAUCUCACUCGCCGGCUUCCUCGUUAACAGCUACUCGUCCGACUUCUUUGUCGGCAACGCUCAGAUCUCGAACAUGCUUGGCGCCCUUACCGUGGGGUUGCUAGCUAACCUCUACUCCCGCCUUGGCCGCCAUGCUCACAACUAUUUCCUUGACUUCCUCGACUGGUGGGAUCUUCGCAUGGCCCCGCGCUUCGUUAGCGCUAGCCGCCGUCGCAACGAGCGUCCUCGUCCGGAAAUGUACCAAAUGUCUGGCCAAACCGCCGGAGCUGCCGGUCCCACUGGCGUCCAUACCCCCGGAGAGAACACUCCCGAAGGAUCGGCGCCAGCAACACCCACCACCGCGGCCUUCUCUGAGAAGGACAAGGCCCAAGGUGUCGUCCCGGAGCGGAAGCGCACCGUCGGAUAUGGACUCGCCGCCGCCGCUAUGCUUCCAGCUAUAUUUGUGCAGGUCCCUAGUGGUCUCGCGGCUGGCGGGUCAUUGUUGGCAGGUGUCACGUCGGCUGAUCAGAUCACGAACAAUAACGGUACUUCGACAUCAACCGACAGUUCAGACCUUAACAACUCGGCCUUUGCGGUUCUUCUUAGCGUUAUUCAGGUCGCUAUUGGCAUCACCGUUGGGUUAUUUAUGAGCGCCCUCAUGGUUUACCCUCUGGGUAAGAGAAGAAGUGGCCUACUCAGCUUCUAG